AUGAGUGAAACCAAACUGGAUGGCGGUAAUGGGUUGCCAGACGGAGGUGCCUCAACAGUAACGACUUUGGAAGAGCUACUUAAUGACGAGUCCUUCAAUUACUCCGCUAGCUCCAUAGCUUUUGAUGAGGAUACGAAAUAUCAUGAAUGUCUAACGAUGUUUAUUGCCGGCGACCCCGAACGAUGUCUUCAGAAGAUGUACGAAUAUGGACUUCUAUCCAAAGAAUCAAUACAAAAUAAUGACAAAGUGUUUAAUUUGUUCCAAGAAGCAUGUUAUGCCAUAGGCAACUUUAAUCGGUUUGGAUUCAGGUUACAAGAUGUAAUUCUAGAAAAUUUCACAGGAGACCCCCAGGUACUCCAAUGUCACUUGAUGAAUUGCACUUUGGCAUCAGAGAUUUCCAUACUCAACAGAUACUACAGAUGUUCGGCCAAAGCUCUAUUAAUGGAGAAGCCUAUAAAUGAAGAGAAGGCUACUGGUCUCGAGAUCCAGACGAGGAGAACGAUCGCGAGGAUUGGUUCAAGAGUUAGAGUUCCAGAUGAAGCACUGGAGUUUCAGCAACUAAUUGGAACCUAUAUCUUUACAAUCCAAAUCAAACUACUUCAGAAAACUCCAUCCUUUUCCCUGUACAAAAAGCUCUGCGACAGGAUACCCAACUUAUCUGAUCAACUCAAGAAAUGGCCGAGCACUUACAAGGAAAAGACUAUCGAGGGCCAAAUAUUGUCGCAACUCGAGCAUAUGUACUCAAAAGCUAAGAAACAACACCAACGGCGUCGGACUAAUUCUGCUGCCAUUUCUGAAUCAGUCAAACCUUCAACGCAAGUCACAGCAAAGAAGGAUAAACUACAAAGACCGGUCAAUUGGCUGUCCCUCUGGCACAAAUAUUUUAGCAGGAUGAACCUUUCUAGGCAAAAUCUACUAUUUCUACUAAUUUUCCUACUAAUUUCGCUGCAAAUCACCAAGAAACUGGUCAAAUUCCCAAUUUUUUUCACCCAAUUUUCAAGGAAAAUACUCAUACAGCUCAAGAGUAUAUUGAGCCUACUCUCUAGCGUAUAA